UCUCGGCUUCCGCUUUGUGCGGAAGUGCAGGCUGGACAUUUAGCGGGUGCUGGUGAGUGGCGUGAGUCGCUGAAAGUGAAGCAUUUUACCUCCAGAGACUGCGUGUCUGUUUUCCCUCUGCUCUAGGCUGGUAGAUUUCCCCUGUUGCUCUUCCGAGUUGGCGCAUCACAACUAGCUAAAAUAGGUCCUCAUCUGAGUUCCAUCUCUGACUCCUGGAAAGUCAUCGACAGAUCCGGCGACCUUUUCCAGGACUCCUGGGCCGCUUUCUUGGAGCUCUAGACGGAGUCACAGCACUAGAGCUGCGCAAGUACCUGCCUGUCCAUUUCGGAACACUGCAUCAUCGGAUCUGUUCUCUGCUUCUUCCAGCCUCUGCAGACAAAUAAUUACUACACUAUGGCAGGGAUUUUGCGCUCCGUGGUUCAGGGGCUGCUGGGAAGGCGACAGACAGUGACAAAAGGUGUGGACUGUCUCAUGGGUACAAAUUGGAUUCGUCACAAAUUUACCAAGUCAAGAAUUCCAGAUAAAGUGUUUCAGCCUUCGCCUGAAGAUCAUGAAAAAUACGGUGGGGACCCACAGCACCCUCACAAACUGCACAUUGUUACCAGAAUAAAAAGUACAAAAAGACGUCCGUAUUGGGAAAAAGAUACAAUAAAGAUGCUUGGAUUAGAAAAAGCCCACACUCCUCAGGUUCACAAGAAUAUCCCUUCAGUAAAUGCAAAACUGAAAGUGGUUAAGCAUCUGAUAAGAAUCCAGCCCCUGAAGCUGCCGCAAGGACUUCCCACAGAAGAGAACAUGGCUAACACAUGCCUCAAGAGCACUGGGGAAUUGGUGGUACAGUGGCAUCUGAAGCCCAUGGACACCUGUAACACCAGCACUCAGGGGGCUGAGGCAGGAGGAGCCUUGCAAGCUGAAGGCCAGCCCCAGGCUACAUAGUUCAAGGCCAGUGUAAAUUACAGAGUAAGACCUUGACUCAAAAAUACCAAAAACCCUCUGUGGAGCAGGAAACAAGUCCUGAUGCCUCAGAGCAUCAUAUUUAAAAAAUAUGCAAAUUAUGUUUAUUAAAAUUGAUGAGAAGCUGGGUGUGGUGGUACACGCCUGUAAUCCCAGCAUUCAGGAGGCUGAGGCAGGAGGCUCACCAUGAGUUUGAGGCCAGCCUACAUUACACAGUGAAAUCCUAUCUCAAAAAAGAAAGUUGAUGAGAAAAUUUUUUCAAUAAAAUAUAUUUUAGGGUCAGGGAUUUAGCUCAGUGGCAUAAGUGCCAGGCUGGCAAGCACAAGCUCAUGACUUCAAUCCCUGAUACCUAAAAAAAAAGAAUUAAAAAUAAAAUAUAUUUUCAAUGUCAGUCAUUUUUACUGACUAAACCUACCAUGAGCCUUCCUAACUAUAUAGACUUGGAGUUUUGAUGUUAUUGCUUUAGUGUUUUCUUCUUUUCCUCUAAGUGUAACUCCGAAUAGGUAAGGAUGGCAUUGUUUGAACAUCUAGAUUUAGGUCUACUGAUCCUUAGCAAUUGUCAGCAACUUUUCCUACAAGUUGUUUUCUCAUUUAAGGGAAUUCCACAAAUUUUGAGUAGGUUUUAGUCCAUUUUGUAUUGCUGUAGUAAAACACCUCAGCUUGCAUACUUUAUAAGGAAAAGGGGUUAUUUCGGUUCCCAGUUUGGGACAAUGAAAAGCCCACGCUGCUGGGACAUCCACACCUGGUGAGACCCCUGUGCUGGGAGGUGGCUCCACAGCCUGAGGGCAGGCAGUGAGGCCCCAAGCCAGAGCUGUGAGGGAGCCACUGAGCUCCCAGCCUUCCCAGGGCCGAAGCCACUGACCAGCACCUGCCACCAGGCCAGCAGUCCCUGGACCAGACCCCAUCUGACCCCAUCGGCCCCUGGACCUCUGAGCUGUGUUGGGGAAACGCGAGGCUGGCGAACGCAGCCCCUUGGGGAGCUCACAGUCGGUUCUCUGCGGCCAGAUCUCUGCUCCUUGGUGUCUGCAAAUACAGACUUGGACACAACUUCCCGUCUUCCCUAAUCUUAACACAGAAAUAACAUUUAUUUUCUAAAUGUGAAUCUGAUUUGGCCUACAGUUCAUUAUUGCCUGCUGCCUGGGCAAAACACACUCAGCUCUGUAAAUUUUUUUUCCUCACUGAACAAGGGUGUGAAACAAGCAUUUUCAAGUUACUUAAAACCAGAUUGUCAUUCUGUUUUGAACUCAAAAUGGGUUUUGAGCUCAAAUCUCAACCGUUGAGCUUGCUAUGUAAAAGAAAAUUCGGAAAUCUG